AUGGAAGAGAAGAAGAAAGAAUUUAUGGAAGAUCUGAAGAAGAAUCUGAAGAAGAAGUCUGAUGGAGUUUCUAUCUCUGAAGAAGAACUUGAUCGCAUUCGGUAUAAGUACAACAUGCCGAUCUCUGCAAUCGAAGAUGGUGGCUACCUGCAGUAUGCACAAUAUGAAGAUCACCCACAAGAAGAUCCUCGCCACAAGAUUGAAGAUGAUUUCGAAGAGCCGCCGGAUCAAGAAUCAGAUCCUGUUGAGUUUGACAAACAUGUUUCUGCAAAGGUAUCGUUUAAUGCAGAUGGAGUUGAGACUUUUGGAGUUGUUCAAGGUCCGAAGCGUGACUCAUCUGGAAAAUUAAUUGGUCACUACCACAAGAAUCCACACCUUGACACGUCUAUCUAUCAAGUGGAGUUCGAGGAUGGAAAGGUGGAAAGCUUCAUGCAAAUCAGAUUAUUGAAGGGAUAA